GGGGUGGAUCAGAGAAGCAUCUGUCUGCUUGCAAGAGAAGGCCGGCAAGCAAGGCACACAGUGUGCUCUGUGCUCAGAGGUCCAACCAUUCCCUACGGAAGGCGUUCCUGACCCCUCCGACGGGCAAGCGUUAUCCCACGACAGACUAUGGUGCCGCGGAACUGGAUUUAAACUGGGCUCAUCCCCUGGAGAUGCUCAGUUUUGGGCACGGGGACCUCACUGUCACUUCGCAUCACUGGUGGAGGAAUCGGAUCCAGAUCUGCAACCCACUGCCAGGAAGGCUAUCAGACGAUGGGAAGGUCGCUUGGGGGGGCACAGUGAAAACUUCAGAGGAUCGGUGUCCUGAAUGGAGCCUGGCAGGAAAGACAUCUGCAUCAGUCGGGACUAAGCGUGCAGGAAAUUGUUCUCAAGUCUGGAAUCGAAAUCGGACGCUUAGGAAGAAAUCUCCUAGAGAGCAGCAUUGCAACAGGAGAUCAGAUCACGACAGGCCCGAGCUGUUCAUGGGAAGAGGAUCCCGGCCUGUGACAACCCCGCCCUGGAGCUGUAAGGUAACGCUCUGGCCUCUUCUAUUGUCCUUGCUGCUGUCAGCGAUGAUCACCUCCGGGUCUCCAACUCCUGUUAUUGGGGGGCCGUCUGACACAGAGACAGACUCUGACACGUCGGUGACCUCCGACCCCAGUAGCAUCGAUUUUGUGGUGGAGGAGAACUUAGACAUAACCAUUAAAUCUACAUGGAGUACUACAUAUGAAAAUAUCACAUCUGAGGGCCGCAGUGAAGACGAACUACAAGACAACAUCCUAUUCCGUGCCGAACGCUCUCCUGAAACUUUGGUUAAGCCAAAAAAGAACAGGAAGUCUGGUAGCCGUGGGAACGGUAAGAAAGGCGAGAAAGGCUGCAGCAAGCAAAGUCUGCGAGUGAAAGUCAGAGACCUGGGACUGGGAUACGACUCUGACGAAUGGAUCACGUUUUAUUACUGCAGUGGUACCUGCCAACAGUCCCGCAGCAAUUAUGAUGUCACGCUUACUACUCUGCUCAACAACAAGAACAUCACGCACAGCUCUCACGGACGGGUCAGCAACCACCCUUGCUGUCGGCCCACCAGUUACCUCCCGGUGUCAUUCAUGGACGUCAAGAACAACUGGAAAGUAGUAGACAAGUUGUCUGCGGCCGAUUGCAGCUGUGUGCGCUGAGGUUUGUUAGACGUCACAAACAGGAAGUAGGAACAAUUGACGGCUCCUGGUAUAAACCAAGAAUCGCCAAGGAAGCGAAGGUCGAGCAGUCCGAUGCCCAACAGGGGAAGCAACAGGCCGUACAGGGCAUUUCCCUGCAUAGAACUGAAAUGCUGGCGGAAGAACCACCCUCGCAAUCUGCAGAUGGAGUUGAUGGUCCUACAAAAGUCCCACCUCAGUUGUUUAAAAUGUUUAAAACUUGGCCAGAGCAGGACUCACGCAAAAAGGUUGUUCACAAAUGAGGCCUCUCAUGGAGAUGGAGAUUGUCUAUCGCUAAUGAUGCUGAUGAUAAGUAAUGCACAAAAGGGUCAAUGAAUGGCAACGUCUUCUUUUGACUUUAGAGGUGAAGUCUUCUUCAUAAAUGACCAACCUGCAGCUUGGAGGAUAGAAGUUGCGUCGUAGGAAAAGCGUAUUUGGUGCACUCGGGGAUCGCUGUUUGUUACAGUCGCCAACCUACCGUAUUAUGAGGCAGAUAUAGAAAAUAGACACAAGAUUACUGUAUGCGACAAUCACUGUGUGAAUAAACUGAACUGUGUAUAUUCGACAAAUAAUCCCGGAUUACUAUAGCAAAGUAUUUGUGGUCUUUUGUAUACAAGACGCAGGAAUUUGCUGGGAUAAUUUUAGGCCUUUCCAGUCAAGUGCUAGAAAAAUACAGUUGCGAAUGGAUGUAUUAAGUCAUAGCUUUACUCUAGUUCAAUGACAUUCGAAGGUCAUUAUAUAGCACGGCUAAUGAUAAAAUGAGACCCUUUACCGCCAUUACUCACCGCCGUCUCCAAGGCAGCUUUUUGGUUCUUUCACCAUCCUCCAAAUAUAAGAGACACAUUAACCUGCUGAGAAAUAUGGCUUCUUCUGUGUAAUGGGGAAUUGCACAUUUGUUCCACAAUUCUACUGAGAAACAGCUAUGGGGGCAUAUUCAAUCAGUCGAAGUUUUAUUUUGUUAUUUUUUUUAAUGUCACUUAAAAAGUAAAAACUCAGCCAUGUUUUUCAGUGGUAACAAUAACCUCUAUUAGCACAAUAAUAUGUACUAUGGUGUUCUUCUCCAUACUGCACUGAGGUAGUCUGUGCAAAAUAACAGCAACGCAUUUCGCAUUUCUGCUAAUGCUCUGAAUACAGGAGGAAGGGCAGGGUAGAGCCUUGGGAAGGAUUCUCCACACCUGAUUAAAUGUUUGUGUUUCAUCUAAUUGUUCUUCCAGACACUGUAUACACAUACGUUAAUUAUGUGUCAUGUUAAUUGUUUACAAAGAAGUCUAAAUAUAUUAUAACAAAACAGUAACGUUUUUAACGCUAUAAGUAUUCAACACAGGUUUGCCGGCAUAAACCCUUAAUCCAUCACUUCCGGUUUCCUAGUCCACAGUAAAUGCCACAUUUCCACAUCUGCCUAUGGCCCUCAUUCCGAAUUGUUCGCUCGCUAGCUGUUUUUAGCAGCAUUGCACACGCUAGGUCGCCGCCCUCUGGGAGUGUAUCUUAGCUUAGCAGAAUUGCGAACGAAAGAUUAGCAGAACUGCUACUAAAUAAUUCUUAGCAGUUUCUGAGUAGCUCCAGACUUACUCACAGAUUGCGAUCAGCUCAGUCCGUUUAGUUCCUGGUUUGACGUCACAAACACGCCCUGCGUUCGGCCAGCCACUCCCCCGUUUCUCCAGCCACUCCUGCGUUUUUACCUGACACGCCUGCGUUUUUUAGCACACUCCCGGAAAACGCUCAGUUACCACCCAGAAACGCCCCUUUCCUGUCAAUCAUUCACCGAUCAGCAGGGCGACUGAAAAGCGCCGCAGGAUCCACAGCAAAACUGCUAAGUUUUUAGUUAAAUAACUAAGCACAUGCGCUCUGCGUGCCUUGCGCAUGCGCAUUAGCAACAAAUCGCAGCAUAGCGAAAAUCGGCAACGAGCGAACAACUCGGAAUGACCCCCUAUAUUUGCUAUUUGGAUAUAUGUGGAUAUUACGCCAGUGUACAAAUAUUAUCACACUAUUUCUAAAGACAGGGAAUGUUGAUGUUACAUUAUGUUUUUGGCUGCUGUACUUAAAUGAUAAAAAAAACAACAACAGGGAUAGUAAAACAGGUAUCACAUUGCUCACAUAGAAAGACCAGAUGUAUAUUUUUUCUACGGCUAAAUUCUAUGCUUCAUUACCGGGAAUAUCUGCCUAAAACACAUUUUCCUCUACUGUAAUAUAUGCAUGGCAAUGACGCAAAAAUGUUUAUAUUAAAAUGACUGACAAAUGAAGCUGCCAAUUCCGGGAUUGCAAAAUUACCUGGCAGCCGCAGCAUUAACUAGAAGUAGUUUUGUUCCAAACCAUAAACGAAUUAACAUUCAAAACACUACAGUACUAUGCUGCUUCGCAUUCCUUACUACUAUUGCUAAAACAUCAUUCUAGACUCGCAGUUUUAUAAGCUGAUGUUUAAGCCCCUGAUGUGUUGAAACGGGUUGGGGUCAGGUGACCGCCGGUCACCUGACUACAUCCCGUUAAAACAACACAAGGGAAAUACUGUGGUAAAAUCAAGUUGUUUCACCACUUGUUUACAGACGGCUCGUACAAAUCUAAAUACAAAAAAAAAAUAACGAACGAUAUAAAAGUCUAAAAUGAAUUAUGUCGUAAACACAAACAAAAAUAGCACAAAUCUACAACAUGUAAAAGCAAAAAAGUAAAUAAUUUAUAAUUGAUAGCAGAUUUCUAUGCGUGCUUUUCAAAUUCUCCAAAUAUCUUUACGGAGAACGGUAGAAUGUAUUACUUCACAAUAAAAGGAAUCUAGAAUGAUAAAUGAAUAAAAGUUGGUCCCCCCAAUAAAUCAACAUGCAAAUAUUUAUUAGGAGACAAGAAGGAGAAUUAACAGGAAAAACAUAUUUCCUAAAAAUUUAGCUUUUUUUUUUAAUCCUAAUGGGUCUUCUGUGUAUUACAUAACCUACACACAUUAUUGUUUCAAUAGGAUUAGUCUCCAAAGCUACCAAUAAUUUAUAUGUACUCAUUAUACUUUUACAAAACAUAACAACCCAACACCUCAUACUUGUAAUGAGGUCCCUUGAACUAGAGGGGUGUUGGGAGGAGAUAAAUAACAGUGGGUUCUGUUACUACCUGGUUAUCUUCAGGGGCAUCUUGACUUCCACAUCAAGCUUUGUAAUUAAAAGAUUGAGACCUUAGUGGUUUCAAGUGUGGAAUAAAAUAUGACACAGUUACAGUAUGUAUAUCAAAAGACACACAAUAACUAACCCAAGCCCACCCCACUGCAUCUGUUCCAACAGGCACUGACAACCUUCUACCCUCUCUGACAACCACUGAUCUCUAUACUAAUAGACUUGCUGCUACAUCAAUAGGAGUAACACACAGGUGACCAAUUAAUGUAUACAUUUUAAAUAGAGAGAAUAAUUGUCUCCCAUGCCUCAGACGGGCGUGAUAUAUGAUCCCGGCGGUCGCAUGACUGACACCGGCAUCCCGGCAAUUAGAAUGCCGACAGGGGACAGGGUCAUUAUUUGACCCCUCUCCUGUCCCCAACCCGCUUGGGGUGGGGGCUAGGACUAAGACACUGGGGGUGGGGGCUAUGGCUACCUCUUCUUUCUAGUGCCUAACCCUAGCCUCCCCCCCCCCCCCCCCCGGGUCCUAACUCUAAUAGUGGCCCCGAUACUUACUUUCGGGAUGUCAGCACUCCUAGUGGUGUCGGGAAUUUGCGUUGGUCACAUGACCGCCAGCAUCCCGUCUCAGAUAACCAGUGGUCCUCCAGCUGUAGUAGAUCUGCAUGCUGUGACUUGCAGUUCCACUACAAAUGAAGAACUACAGAUUCCAUAAGUUAUGGUGUUAGAACACGCACACAAAAAGUCCCCAUUGAACCGUUAUUUCAAGUGGCCACCGAAGCUUUACUUACUAUAUUUGUAUGCCUAAUAAGAAGUGCAGUUUCCCAAUAAUCAUUAGCACACACUUUGCACCUACAGUCUGUACAGGGGAUGGUGCUGAAUAAUCUCUGUGAUCCAUGGAAUCAGCCAACGAUACGUAGGUCAGAUUAUAUUUUAUGAACAAGAUAGACAAGUGAAUCUGACAAAUGGCUCGUUUGCAGAACAAUAAUGAAUUUGGCACAUCGGUAUUCCCGUACCGCCUAACCCCGCCGUAACGGCCACUGCCCCGGUCUUUGCAUGUACAGACAUUAGAGAACGUUACAUCCUAUACACUUCACCACUCUGCAAUGGAAGCUGUUACUUUUACUUAAACACUAUAUCGCAGUGUGCCUCACCGACUAUGUAUUUAUUACAUCUAACUUAUUUAUUUAUUGGUUGUAUUUUGUAUGAUUUGUUUUCCUUUUUUUAAAGAAUAUUUAUUAACUUCUAUUAACCUUGUUUAUAUUUUGUGAUGUAGUCAUUGUUUAAAAUGUACUUUUUUAUUACAUUAAGUCAACCUACCUUAACCUUGGAUCUGUAUGAGGGGACAGAAAUACAUUGCUGAUUCCAAUUCAGGACGUUUAAGGGGGAUGUAAUCCAGCACAGGAUACAUUAACAAGUCAUUGGUUACAUCCAACAUGUUUGUCUGUUAAAUUAAAAUAUAUAUAUAUAUUGUUAUAUAGUUUGUACCAUUUUACAGAGAUAUUAACCGAAUUGCUGUUUUUAUUACAAUAAAACUAUAUUUUUGUA